GUUGGCUGGAGUCACUCUUGCUUUAACAAGUUAUUGGCUCGGGGAUGGAAUCGGCUAGCCAGUGAAUUCUCCACGCAGCGUCGGCUGACCACUGGGUGGUUGAGACCUUCAACAGAACUCCUGACCUCUUGGAUUCUACCAUGGGCCCCAUGCGGAGUGGCAACACCCGCUCGCCUAGCGCUCCGGCGGCCCCUGCGGAACCGGCUCCUGCAACAGACAGGACAGAUGCGCCCCUGGUCUCCCGAAGUGCCAACGAUGCGGACGUGACGAGCCCCAAGAGCACCGACGUGACGAGCGCCAAGGAUCCAGGCGAUCCGGAGACUGGCCUGUCGCUGACGAAGGAGAUCCCCACGGAGAUGCCGAAGUUUGAUUGUUCAAUGGCAGGCUUUGCCGCGCUGGGCUUCAAGGUCGUCGACCUCUGUGGACUUCCGUCCCCGCCAGGUGGUUGGCUUGGUCCCUUUGGGUUCUUUCGACUGGUCACGUAUGCCUUUAUCGCUUGCUCCCUGCUGGCGAUUGUUUUAGGCUUAAUGGCAGCAACAGGACAACCUUUUGCUGGCGUGCCAUUCAUUGGAGGGCAGCCGGAUGGUUUUGCGACUUUUGCCGCCUUGUUGCUAUGCUUUGGUGCGAUUGUGUCUGCGGGGGCCGCGUAUGCCCAUGAAGGCUUAGAACAAGAAGUAACAGCGAUGAAGAAACAAAACGAUAUCUUCAAAAGCAAGAAUGAAAUGCUUGCUGCGCAGCUGAACGACCUGAGCGAUACGCGUGUAAAGCUGCAAGCAGUUCAGCAGAAGAUGGGAGAGAAUCUACAACAAUUCGAAGAGACUUUGCAAGAACUGCACACUGUGAGUUGCGCGGAACUACUGCAACUGAUGCUCGAAGCCUUCAUCACUGCUGACACCUCAGGUGUGAAGGACUGCCGGUUAGUGGGCGAUGAGGUAGAUGCGCUCUUCGAUAUUUGUGAGGCUUCUCUGAAGGAAGCGGCUCCUGACUUUAACCUCGACCACUUAAUCGGAUCAGUGACAGAGACAGGAAUCGGCAUUUGCAACCUGCGUUUCUUAGCCAAUGCGGCGGUGGCCGGGUGUGACAAGGUACCUGGCCGUUCCACCGCGAUGCUGACCUUAGUGAUGUUCAGCGCACAUCCGGAGAAGUAUGAGCAUGAGCUGGCCAUUGCUUUGAGGUCGGUACUGGAUAAGAACGAAUAUGAUGAUGAGAAGAUUGCCGCCAUGUUGACGGAGAAGAAGACGAAGGCGAAUCCGCAGGAUCACGGUCGAAUCUUUGGCACUCACUUGAUGGAUAUCUCUAGGCUGGUGAUGAGUGCUGACCUGGAGGGCAAGAACAAAGAAGACCAGAAACCCAGUGGCAGCGCGGCGGGGGCGCCUGCCGUCCCCCCGCCGACAACAACGAAGACGAAGCCGUCCCCAGAGCCGUGAGGGACGACGUCAGUGGACGGUGUGGACGAUGGCGUGUACUGUACAGAAUUCGCUUGACAGGGUCGAAGGCUCGAUGUUGAGAAGGAAGAAUGGUGCAAGGCUGUACAGCAAAUCCAAUGCAAGAA